UUCCUUUCAUUUUGCGCAUUUUCACCUUCACGGCAAGCAAUGCAAAUUGUGUAAUCGGCGCCAUGGGAAUGGAUCCUUUUAGGUGCACAUCUCGGCAAAACACGGAUCUCUGAAGCUCUUCUGAGGAAACGUGCAAAUACCUUUUUAACGCAGCUGUAUGAACUCUUGCCGACUCCGGAGGUUAAUUGGUUACGAGACGGAGCUUGGGGAUGCUGACUGGUGGGAGGUGACGUCAAUCACAACGAGGAGAUGGAUUUUUCAAGCUCGCCUUCACGCUAACACGGGAAACGAAAAAGAACAGAAGCGGGUGGAGUACUGUCAGCUCUCAGCAGCAGAGCGGCCAAUCAGCAAACUUCAUCUAUUUAACAACUGCAAUUAAAACUAUGCAUCUAUAAAUUAUUUGCAGAUUUAAUUUGGCAUCACACCAGCUCAUGGACACAGACUCCUUUUAAAGUAGUAAGUUGCGAAGAGUGUUGUAUUUCAGUUGUGUUUUGACAGCUGGAGGUAUGGAAGUCUCGCCUAUCAGCAUUACUGCUGGAGGACUUGGUUGAGAGUAUAAAAAUUACCUGCAAGUAUUAUCUCUAUUUCUGAUAAUUUACGGACAAAAUGGCGGAAAGUCGGAAGGAGAGUGGACUUAUUAUACCCGAGGUACUCGGGGAUCCCGAAGCAGUUGGAAAUUCCCACAAAGGUUGGGGCACUGUCGAAGAAGGUGUCUUGGAAAAUGUUGGUGUAGUGACAAGCGGGAAGGAUAGCAGGAGGAGAAGGGCACUUUCAGCGGCUGGAGAUCGUUUCAGUCCUGGGGGAUCACCGUCUUUCAAAGCAGCAGCAACAGAUGUCGAAGCUUCCCUUAUCGAGGCUGCCAAAACUACACCUCGUAGGAGCAGCAUCAUUAAGGAUUCCACAAGACAGAGACAGGAGCGGAAGAAAACUGUUUCAUUCAGUAGUAUGCCUUCCGAAAGAAAAAUUAGCAGUGCCACUGACUGCAUUAGCUUCAUGCAGGCUGGCUGUGAGCUGAAGAAAGUGCGUUCAAAUACUCGCAUCUACAGUCGCUUCUUCACUUUAGAUCUUGACCUUCUGGCUUUGCGUUGGGAACCAUCCAAAAAGGACCCUGAUAAGGCUAAACUUGAUGUUUCUUUGUUUAAAGAAGUUAGAGUUGGAAAAAACACAGAGACUUUCAGAAGUUGUGCAGUUGUGGAUCAGAUUUGUGAAGACUGUUCCUUCUCAUUAAUAUAUGGGGAUAAUUAUGAGUCAUUGGACCUCGUAGCAAGUUCUGCAGAUGUCGCUAACAUCUGGGUGACAGGCUUACGGUAUAUUGCUUUACAUGGUAAGGAAGCUCUGUAUUUGAUCGAAAAUGACCAGAAUACACCAAGGACUAAGUGGCUCCAUUCUGUGUUUGAUGAGGCUGAUAUAGAUGGCAAUGGAAUUAUGUUAGAAGACACUGCAGUGAAACUGAUAAAGAAUCUCAAUCCAGGUUUGAAGGAGGCCAGAAUCAGAAUUAAAUUUAGAGAGGUACAGAAACGUAAAGAAAAGCUAACUACAAGGGUAACAAAGGAGGAGUUUUCCGAUGUCUACAGUGAUUUGUGCACUAGGCCUGAAGUAUAUUUCUUACUUGUUCAAAUAUCCAGGAAUAAAGAAUACCUAGAUGCCAAAGAUUUAAUGUUAUUUUUAGAAACAGAACAAGGAAUGAUACACGCCACAAAGGAAAUGUGUCUCGGUAUUAUAAAGAGAUACGAACCUUCGCAACAAGGUCAGCUGCAGGGUUACCUUAGUAUUGAUGGUUUUACUCGAUAUCUGUUAUCAGCAGAGUGCAGCAUAUUUGAUCCAGAACACAAUAAAGUCUGUCAGGAUAUGACUCAGCCAUUGUCCCAUUAUUAUAUCAAUGCAUCUUACAACACCUAUCUGAAAGAAAGCAAUAUUAAAGGUCCAUCUGAUGUGCAUGGAUAUGUUAAGGCCUUGAAAUUGGGCUGUAGAAGUAUUGAGCUUGAUGUGUAUAAUGGUCCAAAUAAUGAGCCAGUUGUCAGUAAACGCAACAAUGUGACCUCACCAAUCCCCUUCUGUAAUGUAAUUGAAGUGAUUAAUAAAUAUGCGUUUUUAACUUCUGAGUACCCUUUGAUUGUAUCCUUGCGAAAUCACUGCACAGUAGAACAACAAAAAGUGAUGGCUCAGAAAAUGAAAAAGACCUUUGGAGAAAAAUUAUAUACGGAGACCCCAAAUUUAGCAGACGGCUACCUCCCUGCACCAGAAAACCUGAAGGGAAAAAUUAUCUUGAAGGGAAAAAAACUAGCACCAAACAAUGAUUUAUCAGAAGGUGAUGUGACAGAUGAAGAUGAAGAAGUACUAGUUUCCAGAAGGUUGACUGAUACAUUUUUUGUUGCUAAGCGUACAAUUCGAUUGUGUAGGGAACUCUCUGAUCUGGUCACACUGUGUCAGACUGUGCGGUUCACAGAUUUUCAGUAUUCAAUGAAGAACCAGAAAUAUUGGGAAAUAUGCAACUUCAUUGAAUCUGAUGCAAGGAUAUUGGCAAAUGAAUUACCAGGAGACUUUGUGAACUACAAUAAAAAGUUUCUGUCACGUGUUUUUCCUUCUCUCUUGGGUAUAGAAUCAAGCAAUUUGAAUCCACAAGAAUUCUGGAAUUGUGGCUGUCAGUUGGUGGCCAUCAACUGCCAGAUCCCAGGCCCAAUGUUGGAUCUUAAUGUUGGCUGGUUUCGUCAGAACGGUUGCUGUGGUUACGUUUUACGGCCUGCAAUCAUGCGUGAUGAGCUGUCCUAUUUCAGUGCCAACACUGAGGGAGUGUUUCCAGGAGUCUCACCUCAGGUUCUACAUAUAAAAAUAAUCAGCGGUCAGAAAUUUCCAAAGCCUAAAGGUUCUGGUACAAAAGGAGAUGUCGUAGAUCCAUAUGUUUUUGUGGAAAUUCAUGGAAUUCCUGUGGAUUGUGCAGAAAUGAGAACCAGGACAAUCCAUCAAAAUGGAGAGAACCCUAUGUUUGAUGAAAGCUUGGAGUUUGAAAUUAAUCUUCCUGAGCUUGCAAUGGUUCGAUUUGUUGCUUUAGACGAUGACUACAUUGGGGAUGAAUUUAUUGGCCAGUACUCUAUCCCAUUUGAGUGUCUGCAGCCUGGAUAUCGACAUGUUCCUCUAUACACAUUCACUGGGGAAGAAAUUGAACUUGCUACGCUUUUUGUUCAUGUUGCAAUCACUGAUCGACGAGGUGGAGGAAAGGCUCACAGACGUGGUCAUUCAGUUAGAAAAGGGAAGAACACAAUAAAAUACACCAUGUUAAGGACUACUGGGAUUAAAAUUAUUGAUGAUACAUUCAAAGUUGCAGGCCAUCCAUUACGAGAAGCUGCAGAUAUCAGAGAAACUGUGCAGAAUGCUAUAGUCUCUCUUAAGGAAAUAUGUGGAUUAGCUCCCACUGCCAAUCUGUCUCAGUGCAUACUGACCCUGUCAUCAAGAUUAUUGAAUGGCGACAACACUUCCGUAGUAACACUCAACAUGAAGAAUGAGUAUCCCUACUUGGAGUCCAAAGGAACACUAAAUGAUGUGCAAAGGAAGGUUCUGUCAUCAUAUGAUCUGGUGAUACAGGAGUCAAAGUACCUGAUUGAUAUGGCAGAUUCUAUAUACGAGCAGAUUAUUCAGUGUCAUAAAUCAGGACUUCAGUUUCAUGAGGAUCUUCUUAAUUUAGGGAGAAAAGAGGGAUUAAAAGGAACUAAGUUAAAUAGAGCAUUUGAAAGUUUUGCGUGGAAUAUCACCGUACUGAAGGGCCAGGGAGACUUACUGAAAAAUGCUAAGAAUGAGGUGCUGGAGAACAUGAAACAGAUUCAUACUGCUUGUAUCUCAUGUGGACUGAGCAAGUCAGGAAAUGAAAGUGCAGAGAUGAGUUCCAAGCAAAGUCUUCAGGCAAUACAGGAGAAAGAAAAUCAAAAGGAGAAUCGAACAUUUACUUAGUUCCUAAACCAGUCCCAGUGGCUUGUUAUGGAGUCAAAAUUUUUGCAGUUUGGAGAUAACUCAUUUAUUUCCCUAGAUGAUACUGAACAUACUAUCAGAACCUUUAUACAGCAUUUGAAAAUGCAGCACUAGCUAUUCAAAGCACCCAGUUUUAUGGUACAUACCACAAUAAAAUAGUUCAAGGAAAAUCGUAUCAAUGUGAUAUUUCUAACAUUCCUGUAACUGCCUUUAUUCUUCUAAUUGCUACUCAUUUAAAACUAAAGAAAGCAGCACGGACUGUAAAGUCAUGAUUGGCAUGCACUUUUCUUUAUGUUUUUCUUUGAUAAAUUAUAUAGGUACCAGCUUUUAAAUACAUUUUAAUGUGAGAAAAGAAUAUUGUACUGUACAUUUAGUGUUAUGCAUCAUAAUAUUUUUCUGCUGUGAAGACUAUGAAAUAUUGCUUUAUUUUAAAAUGUUUGUUAUGUAUGUUGAGGUUUGUGUCAAAAUUGUAUUGAAACAUCAUUCUCUAUAAACAUUUGAAAAAUGGAAAAGAGUUUUGUAGUUUUGGAAAAUAUCAAUAUUAAUUCUUAACAAAGGCUUUAACCAAAACAAAACGGGAAGUUGAAUUUACUAGCCAAGCAGAACAGGGUUGUUGGCUUAUGACAGAUAACAAAUUGUAACAAUUUGCAUCCUGACAGUUAUUCAUAAUUUGUAUUAUGACAGUCAUUCUCCUGAAACGUUGAGGAAAGGGACCAUCUGCAAUGCUGUAUGUCCUUUCAAUUUAUUUUCAGGCCCCCUGGUUUCCCCUAGCAAUUUACAUACCGUGGGGCAUCAAGGUAGCCUGGCAAUUGGCGCAAUGCUGUUAUGGCUCGGGGUGUCAUAAGUUUGGAAUUCAACUUCAGUGGCGUCUACAAGGACAUUGUACUUUCUGCCUGUGACUGUGUGGCUUUCCUGCUGGUGCUUCAGUUUCCUCCCACAGUCCAAAGAUGUACUGGUUAAUAGGUCAUUGUAAAUUGCCCUGUGAUUAGGCUAGUGUUAAAUAGGUGGGUUGCUGGGUGGGGAGGCUCAUUGGGCCAGAGGGCUUGUUCUGUGCUCUAUCUCUAAAUACGUAAAUAAAUAUCCCUCAAAUGCUUAACCAGUUAGCUGCCAGAGCUAUACACAAAUAAAAAAGGACCUUAGUUUGAUUGUUGUUUGUUUCACCAAUAGCCCAUCUUACCUGCUGCCUCAGUGUGGGUAAAAUUAGCUUUGGUUUGCACUUACCAGUUACCCUUGCUGGACAUAUGGACAACAUGAUUUAUGUAUCCAGUGGUGAAAUAGCUUGCUUCUUUUCCUUGUUAAGCUCCAGAAAGUAAAUUUAAGUUUUUUGACUGAAACAUAAACAAAUUUAAGUGCAAGUCUUCAAAAGAAGAAGGAAUUCAAAAUGGAAAAUAGAUUGUAUGAUGUUAACUAAUACUAAAACAAUAUUUUGAAGGUUGCAGAAGCUGACCUUUUUACUGAUGUAUUAUAUUUCUAAAUAAAUGAUUUCUUCAAAAGGGUAAGAGUUUAUCAUGAUUAUUCAUGGUAGGAACAAUAUGGACCAUGUGGAAAUGGGAAGGCUAUCAAUUUAUAUACACUAUACAGGCAAUUCCCAUAUUACUAGGAUGGGGGGGUGGCUUGUGUUCCAUAUCAUGCUAUUUCAUAAUGCAAAGCUGCAUCAUCCGCAUGUGUCCAGAAACAUGAAUUUUUAAAAAAGUUAAUUUUUGUUUAUUUAUUUACUUUUUACAUGAGAGUGAAUUUUAUUCCAUAUUUUAAUAUUUUGGAUAGUGAUUUGUGAAUUCUGUAAAGGUGAAUUUCCAUUAUCCAAACAGUGGUAAUACAGGGGUCACUGAUACCAUAUACAUGUAAUAGGAAGCUUUUUCUUCCAUGGCUUUAUAGCUACAUUGGUAUAUUAAGCUAUUAAAGAUUGAACCAAAGCUACAAUAGGAUUUGUAGUUAUGUUUUUCCUUUAGACCAGCAUAUUCUGGUCAGUUAUUAGAAAAUGCUGGAAAUACUCAUUAAAUCAGGCCGCAUCUGUGGGAAGUGAAAAGGAAAUGAUAUUUCACAAUAAAACCUAAUUUCUUUUAUUGUCUGAAACAUUAACUCAGUUUGUUAGCUUAUUGAUACUGCCUGAUCAAUUUGGAAUUUCUGGCAUUUCAUUUUCUUAUUCCAGUUUUGGUUUGUUGUCCAAUAGAAGUCAUAGUGAAUGUCAGAUAAUAGAUUACCUUCAUAUCGAUUGUUGCUGAUGCAAUUUGUGAUGAUUUUUGUGGUCUUGAACUGCCUUCUAUAACAAAAUUAGAUACGUAAUUGUGUGUUGAAAGAUUUAGUUAAUGGUAGAUUGGAUAUGAUGUUCUGGCCCACUUAUCCAGACUGAGCUACACAGCUGAAAUGCCUUGCACUUAAUCAGAAAUACUUUGCACCUAUGCGCUUUCAUGGGUCUGAUGAAAAAUUCAGCUUGAUAGGGGGUGGGGAUCAUGGAGAAAUGAAUCUGGGAAGUUUACCUCUGCUACCUCUAGCCUGAAGGCAAAUAAAAUUAAUCCAGAUUACUCUGACCGAGAAUUUGAUGCAGUAUUUAACUGCACUCAGUCUAAAACAGCUCCCUGUUCUUGCUUGAAGGAAUGCCAUAUGAAAAAAGCCAUAAUUUCAUUAAUGGUUUACUAUUCUCUGGCAAAAGAACUAUUUUCUGAUAUCUAAGCAAUACUGACCAACUCACAUAAACCAUUUCCCUUUUAAUCAAUCUCAAUUAAACCAUCUUGGCCUUGAAUUUGGAUAUUAUGGCACUCGAUUAUUCAGAACUAAAUGACUCUGUGUUCCUGUUUAUGUGUAUCAGUUUUGGACACCCUGUGCAAAAUAAGUGUGAAUUGUGUUGUUACGAGAAGUUUGGUCUAGAAUUUCAAUUACUGAAAGUAUGACAAAUAAGCAACCCAUGUAAUCAGAGGAGAUGGAAUAGUUGUCCGUCCACCACUCCCCUUCCCACCAACCCAGGGCCCGAACAAUCGUAUCCUGUGAAGCAGUGAUUCAUUUGUAGUUCUUUCAGUUGAAUAUACUGUGUUCAUUGUUCAUGGCUUCUGCUAUGGUGGAGAAACUAAAUACAGAUCAGGUGUUCGCUUUGCAGAGCACCUGUACUCAGUUUGCAGGGACGAUCUCCAGUUUCUUGUUGCAUGCCACUUCAACUCUCACUUCCACUCCUUUUUUAACCUGUUUGUGAGACCCAAUAUGAAAUAGUAGAAAUAACUCCUCUCGAGGCAAUUUGUAACAAUUCUGGAAUGAACUCUGAAUUUUUAAGUAAACUGGUUAAUUGUUUCCCAUUAUCAUGCUAGUGUCUCUUUCUAACACAGUUCCUUUAAAAUGUCUAUCUACUGGUCAGUAUUAUGCUCCUUAUCACCUGAUCUGGUUUAAUCUCUCUUCACAUGGGCUUUUGCCCUACAACUCACUCUUUCCCCCAGCUCUGAAAACCAUCCACUCUCCCUAGUGCCAUCCUUCCUCCAGUUCUGAGAAAGGGUUACUGACCUGAAACAUUGAUUGUCUUCUCUUUCCAGAAUCAUUGCUUGAAUAACUUGAGUUCUUGCAGUCUUUCUGUUCAGUAUGAGAAUGAUGUUCAGUGGCACAUGAAGUGUUAAAUAAUCUGUAGUGCAGGGAUCUUUGGGGCAUUUGUAGCUGAAAUUGAAACUUCACUACAAAUGUGCUAUUGAAUGAAUGUGUUAGUCACUUCAUACUUCAGUUGCUGUUGCAGGGAUGAGGGAUGUCAGAACUCAGAACUCAGGGGCAGCAUGGUAGCAUAGCAGUUACUGCGAUGCAAUUACUGUAUAAGUGCCCCAGGUUCAGUUCUGCCACUGUCCAUAAGGUGUUUGUAUGUUCUUCCCGUGACUGUGUUCGUUUUCUCUGGGUGCUCUAGUUUCCUCCCAUAUUUCAAGAUAAAUGGGUUGUUAGGUUAAUUGUCCACAUGGGUGUAAUUAGGCAUUGUGGGCUCAUUAGGCAGAAAGGACCUUUACUGUGCUGUAUCUCGAAAUAAGUGUUGAGGGAGGUGCAUUGAUAUUUUCCCAGUUAUAAUCUCAGGCAGGGGUUUCAGUGUGCUGUGGUUGUUUGUGUACUGCUCCAUUUCCCAAUAACAAUAUUUUAACAUUGUGAAAGUUGGAGAGGGCAAAGAGAUCUUUGACAUUUUGAGGUCAGAAUUUAAGAUAUACACUUGUUCCUGGAGAGUUAGAUGUCAAGGUAAUUGUCUUUCUAAACUUCCAAGGCCUCUGGAUAAUUCCCAAUUGUAUGAUAAUUAUAAUCAAUACAAAUUAACAUUUGCUCCACAGCUUUUGAGUUGUCAUUGAUACUCUCUUGUUUGAGGAGAAGAAUUUCUUUUUAACAGAGAUCAUCAGACAGAGCAGGCAUCUAAAUUUACUUUGAAUGACGGCUUUCAUGCACGUGUUUCAGGAAUCCCUUAAGAACAUAGAAUUGGGAGGGUGUCAUGCAAAUGUUUGCUUGCAUGUGGCCAUGAGAAACUGUGCAAUCACAAAUCAGAGAAAAUCUGCAGAUGCUGGAAAUCGGAGCAACACACACAAAAUGCUGGAGGAACUCAGCAGGCCAGGCAGCAUCUAUGGAAAAGAGUACAGUCGACAUUUCAGGCCAAAACUCUUCGGCAGGACGGCAGAAAAUGUUCUCACACUUUGUGCCUUGUAUUUGGGGAGUGCACAUGAUUCUCUGCUUCAAUCUCUGUCGCCUGUCUUAGUAGGUAUGCUGCAAAGAGGGGUAGCUCUCGGAGGGUGAGAGAUAAUAUCUUGUUUCAUGGCUGCUCAUUCCUAUUACGCUUUGGUUAAUGUAACAGGAUGCUUACAGAAAACAGAUUAAUUCAUGGGGUAAAUGUCUAGGAAAUUCAUCUGAUGCCCUUAGACUGAUUUAAACCAGUCCAGAUUAUUUUGGCCCUAAGAAGUUCCAAUAGUACUUAACGUGACUCAUCCAGGAACAGGCCCAUCUCUUGGGCAAUUGCUUUACUCUGUAGAUACUUCUUGGUCACUGAAAUUAUUUAGCAGAUUGUUUGUUUUUCUAGAUUCCAGCAUCUGCAGUCUUCCUUAUCCAUCUCUUGGGUGCCAAAAGCUUUGCGGGAAAUGCUCCUGGUGUCCUCAGUGAGAAUUCUGGUGUCCACAUGGGCCCAAAGGUAAUAUGCAGUAUUUGUCAGAGGGGAAGGGGGGUCAUCUGUUACAUCCUCCAAAAUUCACCAUCAGAAGGCUCAGUAUUGCUUUGCAGGCUGGGGUUGUGCAAUGGGGAAAGAAAGAAAGCAGAGACAGAACAAGUAGGAUACUGAGAUAGUGUGGUGGAGAAGUUCAUGAGACUGUGGUAUUCAAAAUGUACCAGAAGACUUUGAAAUUUCCAGUCACCAAAAAGAUAGCAAUGAAGAUGCCUUUACAUCAGCUGGUUUUGAGAUUCAAUAACCAAGGUUUCAUGGUAAGGAGAUUCUGUGUGACUCAGACUCUGCAUUUCAACUGCAGGAGAUCUUACUCCCAGUCACUUCUAGAAGUAUCUGCAAGAAAUAAUGCACCAAGCUGACCAGAACAGAGAAACAGUCUUCACCAAUGAACAGACCACUCCAGUUGGCUGGUGAAUUAUUGAAAAAAUCACUUUGCUACAUUAGAAAUACUUCUCAGCAUUAAGAAAAAAAACGAAGUGUUUCCAACUCAAACAAAGGCAAAUAUAGGAGAUAAUAUAUGUUAAGAAAUAGGAGAGUAUGUAUUAAUGCCAAGACCUUAACCUUGUUGACAUGCCGAGGGAUCUUGAGGUCCAACUCCAUAGCUCUCUGAAAGUGGCUACCUGGGUUGAUAGGCAUGCUUGUCUUUAUUAGUCAAAGAGUCUAUGUUGCAGCUUUAUACUAAAACUCUAAUUAAGCCACAUCUAUAUAGCCAUAUAACCAUAUAACAAUUACAGCACGGAAACAGGCCAUCUCGGCCCUUCUAGUCCGUGCCGAACUCUUACUCUCACCUAGUCCCACCGACCUGCACUCACCCCAUAACUCUCCAUUCCUUUCCUGUCCAUAUAGUUGUCCAAUUUAACUUUAAACGACAACAUCAAACCUGCCUCAACCACUUCUGCUGGAAGCUUGUUCCACACAGCUACCACUCUCUGAGUAAAGAAGUUCCCCCUCAUGUUACCCCUAAACUUUUGCCCUUUAACUCUCAACUCAUGCCCUCUUGUUUGAAUCUCCCCCACUCUCAAUGGAAAAAGCCUAUCCACAUCAACUCUAUCUAUCCCCCUCAUAAUUUUAAAUACCUCUAUCAAGUCCCCCCUCAACCUUCUACGUUCCAAAGAAUAAAGACCCAAUUUGUUCAACCUUUCUCUGUAACUUAGGGGAUGAAACCCAGGUAACAUUCUAGUAAAUCUUCUCUGUACUCUCUCUAUUUUGUUGACAGCUUUUCUAUAAUUCGAUCUGGAGUUUUGCAUUCAGUUCUGGUCUCCCCAUUAUAGAAAUGAUGUUGAGGCUUUGGAAAGGUUGAAGAAAAGGUUUACCGUGUUGUUGCCUGGAUUAAAGGGCACAUGUAAUAAUGAGUUGAACUUGAAUUAUUUUCUCUGGAGUGGCAGAGGCUGAAGGGAGAAAUAAAAGAGGGUUACAGGGUUGUGAGAGGCAUAGAAAGAGUAGUAUCUUUUUUCCUAGGGUUGAAAUAUAUAAUACCACAGGGUAUGCAUUUAAGGUAAGAAGGUUUAAGUUCAAAGUAGAUGUGCAGGGCAAGAUUUUUUUUAUAUACUCGGUGUAGUAGGAGCCUGGAGUGUGCUGCCAAAGGUGGAGGUAGUGGUUCUUAGACAGACAGAUGGAUGUGGAAGAAAUGGAAGGAUAUGGACACUGUGUAGGCAGAAGAGAUUAGUUUAGGUGGACAUUUGAUUACUAAUUUAAAUAGUUUGCCACAGCAUUAUUGGCUGAAGGGCCUAUUCAUGUGCUGUACUAUAUAUGUUCUAUAUAUUCAUCAAUAAAUAUGCUUGUAAGGAUCUCUUAACAUAUUCAGAGGUAUCAAUCAAAUAUUAAGGUGAGACACAUAUGCGUUGGAAGCUGCAGUUGGACUGUCUACCUCAGUGCUGGCUCAAGCUGGAAGGCGUUAAUUCUCUCUCAGUAGUCACUGCAUGUCUUUUCAUAGGGAGACUCUAGACGUUGGAAUAUGGACCAACACGAAAAGCGUUGGAGGAAUUCAGUGGGUCAGGCAGCAUGUGUGGAGGGAAAUGGAUAGUCAGUGUUUCACCUGGACUUCAUUCUCAUACUGUUUAUUACCAUAUAGAGGUGCAGGAUUAAGUCCAGAGGAAUCUCUUAUCAGAGGGACCACCAAAGUGUGAGACUUAAUAAUAUUCCUUGACCUUGACAAAUAGAUGGUGGUGCAAGAACAUUUUGACACAAACAAAGUUGGUAUCCAAAUCUGAAAAAAAAAAGAAAACCGCAAGUCUCUGAACAAUCUUGCACAAUUUUACUGUCUACUUUCCAAACCUAGACUUGUCCAUAGAUUUGCUUCUGACCGCAUCAUUAAACUUAAAAGGUUCAAAGGAAGAGUCAAAAUGAAGGCUGUCCAUUUCAUCAAAGCGUGACAACUUCCCAUUUGUUGGUGAUGCUUAGUAUGAAUUUAUAUAUGUGACCAGAAUAAGUACAACUGGGAAGAGAUAUUGGAUAGAUAUGUACUCAAUGUAAGUAAUAUUUGAUCUAGUUUUGGCUGAUUACCUGGCCAUCAGAUGCAAUUGUCUCUAAAACUCCAGAUCAAUAUUGUCUAGGAAAGGCCUGGAGUAUGAUCUUUGAGAAGCAUUAGAAAGACCGUGAAAUAAUAGGGCAAGGAAGAAAAUCCACAGGCUCAUAUAAUAAAAAAAUAAGAGCUGCUUACAACUGACCACCUUGCCAGCAUAUGUCAGACAAUUCACCCUAUCUCUGCUCUAGUUCAACCUGGUUGCUGAAGUGGAUAUUACAGUCCUUCAGAUAUUUUCACACAUUAAACAGGGGUUGCUUUUUAUGCUUAUCUUUUAUGCAUAAAGGUUAUCCAAGCAAAGUCUAUGACACUGUGCAGUGCAUUAUCUUCCUAAAGAAUCCUUAUUCAUUCCAACAAUUGAUUGAAGUAUGUAGGCUGAAAUAAAUUAGAGAAACAAAUUUAAAUAACACAAAUCUCACAACAUUGAAGUUUGUAUAGAUUACAUUAUGGUGGACAGUUUCAGCAUUGGCACUAGCCUCCCCAGCAUCCAGGACAUCUGCAAGAAGCGAUGCCUCAAAUAGGCAGCAUCCAUUAUUAAGGACCUCCAUCACACAGGACAUACCCUCUUCUCAUUGCUACCAUCAGGGAGGAGGUACAAGAACCUGAAGGCACACACUGAACAAUUCAGGAACAGCUUUUUCCCCUCUGCCAUCAGAUUUCUGAAUUGACAUUGAACUCAUGAACACCACCUCACUACUUUUUUUGCACUACUUAUUUAAUUUAACUUUAUAUACUUCUUACUGUAAUUCACAAUUUUUAAUAUUAUGUACUGCAGUAUACUGCUGCCACAUAUAACAAAUACCACGACAUAUACCAGUGAUAUUAACCUGAUUCUGAUCAACUGUCCACCCGCGUCCUCCUUUUACAGCCUCUUUGUUGAUUCUGCCACUUCUCGGUACUGCUUUUCCAUGUCUGCGGUGAAGCACGUCCUCUUUCAAUAGUCACACUGGCUGAAUUUGAACAGCUCCACAGCACUCCUACUGAUGAUCCACUGCCGUUACCUGGCAGUAGUCUGAAGUUGCUGGUUGUGGGCCAGUAACUGAGUUUAUUCAAUGCCACAGAAUCUGUAGUAGGAAUAGAGCUGCUGAGAUAUUGAGGGUUGAGAGCAUCUUGGGGAAGGACCACAGUGCAAGGUCUUCUCCUACUGGAGAGGGAGGGUUGAGGUUGGAGAAAGAAGCCCCUCAAUUAUUAUGGUAGCGGUAUACCACCCCAGAAUACCACAUUAGUGGCAGCAGUGCUCUUGAUGUGUAUAAAUGCAAUAGAACAGUACAGAAAGCUUGACUGUGAAUCUAAAGAAUGAAAAGGCAUUGGAUAGUUUAUUCUUGUAAUUUUUUUUAUUAUGAAUAAGGUUUACUUUGUUAAAUAAAAAAGCACCUUAGAACUUGCAAACAGUCAAUCAAACCCUCCCUGAACUGGGUGUCCGAUAGACCCUGAAGUUUUUGUGAUCUCGAUUACUCAGCUGUCAUUACAUCUUCCAAACACAUGCCAACUGAUAAGCGCAAUCAACUCAUGCACUGUUUUUUUGGAUGGGAAGAGAAUUUUCCCAUUGAUGUCUUCUCUACUUGGCUACUUGGACACGUAUUCUAUGCUCAGGUGUCACUCUGACCUCUGGUUUAAGAGAUCUGAUAGAUCAAGACAUGAAGACUUAAAGAAGACAUUAGAUGGCCUCUGCAUGUGCACUACUGGAAGGAGUAACCUGUUUCAUCAGAUCUUUCCAGAUUAACUUCUUAUUACCUACCUCACAGAAGCGGGCCAGUCAGCUUAUCAACUCCAUGUUAGCAUUCAGAAGAACAAAGCCACAUAUUCAUUAUCCCUCCAAUCUCCCUUUAAUCAAUCAAAUUUUCCUUCCUAACAUGCUCAUCAGCACUUUUUGUAUUCUUUUGACACUUAUCCACACUGUGCUGGGAAGUGCAACAGCAGUGUUGUCUGGGAUUGAUACAAGCAAGCCUGGGUUCACGGAAAACCAUGUGAAUUUUAGCCAUUUUGUCUCUUACCACUUGGAUGAAGGCCCAGGUGCUUCCAGUCUCCAUGGGACAUUCAACCUGUUUCUUCAUCCUGCCGAGCUUUAGGUCUGGAGGAGUCCCCUUCAGUUUCCAGGACAUGCACCUGUUAUAGGCUGCAAAACAAAAAUUAACAUUAGUACUGAAAUAAGAUGAUUUCCAUGGUAUCGAGGACAGCAUAUUCAGUGGUCAAGAAUGUUGAUGUGGAGACAAGCAUUUGAAUCCUCCCAAGACAACUGGGGAAAUUAGAUUCAAGAAAUAUAUAGUAUAAGUAACACUGACCGUGAAAUUGUUAGAUUGUUUCUAUUCAGUGUACUAUUUUCCUUCAUGGUAAGAAAUAUGUCUUCAAUCAAUCAAACCACACAUUUUAAUUCCACAUCCCAUUCCCAUUCUGACAUGUCUAUCCACAGCCUCCUCUACCGUAAAGAUGAAGCCACACUCAGGUUGGAGGAACAACACCUUAUAACAGUGAAACCUCCACAUGACUCCAUACCCAUCAAUACCUCCUCUACUCAAUAAAGCAGCCACUGAGUGUAUGUUCAUAGUCUUCUGCUGCUGUAGUCUAUCAAGGUUCAAUAUCUUGUGCACUUAGAGAUGCUCUUCUGCACACCAUUGUUGUAACAUGAGGUUAUCUGAGGUACAGUUGCCUUCCAGUCAGCUUAAACCAGUCCAGCCAUUCUCCUUUGACCUCUCUCAUUAAUAGGGCGUUUUCACCCACAGAACUGCCACUUACUGGAUUUUUGUUUUUGUUUUUUGCACCAUUCUCUGUAAACUGUAGGAGUAUUGUGCAUGAAAAUCCCAGGAGAUUAGAUUAGAUUAGAUUAGAUUAGAUUAUGAGAACACUCAGUCCUUGUUUAUUGUCAUUUAGACAUGCAUGCAUUAAAAAAUGAUACAAUGUUCCUCCAGAGUGAUAUCACAGAAACACAGGACAAACCAAGACUAAAACUGACAAAACCACAUAAUUAUAACAUAUAGUUACAACAGUGCAAAGCAAUACCAUAAUUUGAUAAAGAGCAGACCGUGGGCACGGUUAAAAAAAAAGUCUCAAAGUCCUGAUAGCCCAUCAUCUCACGCAGACGGUAGAAGGGAGAAACUCUCCCUGCCAUGAAGCUCCAAGUGCCGCCAACUUGCCGAUGCAGCACCAUUGGAAGCACCUGACCACAGCGGACUCUGAGUCCAUCCGAAAACUUCGAGCCUCCGACCAGCCCUCCGACACUGAGCACCAAGCGCCAUCCUCUGCUGAGCGCUUCGACCCAGCCCCGGUCACUGAGCAACAAGCAAAGCCGAGGACUCGGGGCCUUCCCCUCCGGAGUUUCUGGAUCACACAGUAGCAGCAGCAGCAAAGCAGGCAUUUCAGAAGUUUCACCAAAUGUUCCUCCGUGCUCUCACGUCUGCCUCCAUCAAAUCAGGAUUGUGCACGGCACCCUACUUGAUAGAUAACAGACAUCACCACCCCAGUGGCUGCUGUGAACUGCGUCGCGCCGCAGCAGUUUCUGAGAUACUCAAACCACCCCAUCUGGCACUAACAAUUAUUCCAUGGUCAAUGUCCUUAGAUCACUUUUCUUGCACAUUCUGAUGUCUGGUCCGAACAACAAAUGAAUCUUUUAUUCUUCUACUGAAGUUUAAUGAUGGUUGGCAGACCAAAAUAAGAUGCAUUAUGACUAUCUACUGAGCACGAGUAUGGAACAAAGAGACAGGUUGUAUACCAACUCAACUCCACUCCCUCCCCCCCAAAAAAACCUCAAAUAAUAUCAAGGUCUAAUGCUUUUCAGAAAGUGAAAUAUGCAUUUAUAUACAUUACAAUGGCAGUGAUAUCCUAACAAACUUUCCAUCCAAAGAUCUCAAUUUAGCAAUCAGAUGUUUCCUUUGCAACUCAUAGGAACUGCAUUUGAACAAUAUAUGCUGCACCGUUUCUUGACAAGUGUAUUCCCUACAAAUGUCCAUAUUAUGCAUAUUAAUUCUGAACAAGGAAUCAUUCAAUCUAAUAUGUCCAAUAUGUAAACAUGUGAAUGUAAUUUAUUUCCUCCUUUUAUACCUAUCUCCCAAUUGAGUUCCCACCAUCCUCUGAAUUUGUUAUAAAUGCUAUCCUUUCUUUUCUUUGUCCUAACUUUGUUGCCACAGUGACCGAAUAGAUAUUUUAAUUAUGGCUUUCAUCUCCCCUUAAGCAAAUGCACUAUUACAUUUAUAUCUUUGAUUUUAAGUGAUCGUUUGGCUAGAAUGUCUGCCACCUUGUUUCCUUAAACCCCAACUUGGGCAGCGACCCGUAAGAAGCCUAGACACUGCAGCCUCAGCAGAUGUUGUCCAGUCUCAAGAAUGUCUGACCUUCAAUUUGAAGUACCUGUUUCAAUAUAUAUCAAAACAGACAACGAAUGAAUCAGAGCACGGGAAGUACAUAAUCAGGGUGCAUUGCUUCAAACCAUUCCAAGGCUAAAAUGAUGGCAACCAUCUCUGGCAUGAAUACUGAUACUUUGUCUGAUAAUCUUCAGAAUCUGAAUCAGGUUUAAUAUCACUGGCAUAUGUUGUGAAAUUUGUUAACCUUGUGGCAGCAGUACAAAGCAAUACAAGAUAAAUAUAGAAAAAAACUGAAAUACGGUAAUUAUAUAUGUAUAUUAAAUAGAUAAGUUAAAAUUAAGUAGUGCAAAAACAGAAAUUUUAAAAAAGUAUUGAGGCAGUGUUCAUGGGUUAUAAAAAUUAAUUACCUGUACUUUACUAUUCUUUUCUGAAAUUUCAUCCACAAUUGACUCAUUUUCAACUCCAUAAAUCGAUGCGCUAUCCAACUUUUAAAAAGGUAGCCAUUCCUCCAUUACCCAUUUUCUAAUUGUGUCUUAUAUAUCAACAUAACUUUGAAUUUUAAAACUUAGAUGAUUUCAACCACGUUUCUGGUACUCAUAUAACAUCAUAACAUUAGGCUUCUUUAGUAAAUUUUCAAUAAAUUUUAAAAAUUCUUGACCAUUAGCUAAUAGGCUUCCAGCAUUCCAUUGUAAGAUUAGAAAAAAACAUUAGCAGCACUCCUUUGAAGUCUGAACAUUAUUUACUUUCUUGUAAGGUAUCAUUAAUCGCUUCUUUUGUCUCUAGAUUUCUUUUCAGGUUUAAUAUAAUUUUAAUUUUUUCUGUCCUAUUUUUAGUUAUCCUUUGUUAUACAAUCAUGCACUUCACACACAGUCUUUAAUCCACUGGGGGGAGGGGGAAUUAAACUAGAGUUACAGGGGGUUGGCAACCAGAGUGCUAGAACAGAUAGUGGAGAGGUUGUGGAAGCAGAUAUUGUUAAGAUGUCAGGUAAAGUCAGGAAUCAAAAGGUUGGGCAUGGUGUGACUAAUAUAUUCCACUGCACAAAGUAUUGUAGGAAAGGCAGAUGAGCUGAGGGCAUGGAUCAACACAUGGAAUUAUGAUAUUAGAGCCAUUAGUGAGACUUGGUUGCAGGAGGGGCAGGACUGGGAGCUCAGUAUUCUGAAUUUCCGUUGUCUUAGACAUGAUAGAGCUGGAGGGAUUAAAGGGGGUGGGGUGGCGACAUUAGUUAGGGAAAAUGUCAUGACAGUGCUCAGUCAGGACUUGUCUAGUGGGUGUAUUGGGUGGAACUAUGGAAUAAGAAAGGUAUGACCACGUUAAUGGGGCUAUAUUAUAGACUAUCCAACAGUCUGCAUGAUUUAGAGGAACAAAUUUGUAGAGAGAACGCAGACUUUUGUAAGAAGCAUAAGGUUGUAAUAAUAGGUGAUUUUAACUUUCUACAUAUUGACUGGGACUCCCAUACUCUAAAAGGACUAAAUGGGAUAGAACUUGUGAAAUAUGUUCAGGAAAGUUUCCUUCAUCAGUACAUAGAAGUCCCAAUGGGAGAGCAUAUGAUACUGGUUCUGCUUUUGGGGAAUGAGACAGGCAGGUGACAUGGGUUUGAGUAGGGGAACACUUUGCAUCCAGUGAUGACAAUGCCAUUAUUCUCAAAGUACAUAUGUGAAAAAAAAUAGGUCUGGCCCCGUGGGUUGAGAUUCUAAAUUGGAGAAAGGCCAAUUUUGAUGGUAUCAGAAAUGAUCUGGCAAGUGUGGAUUAGGGCAGCCUAUUUCUGGCAAAGGGUGUACUUGGUAAAUGGGAUGCCUUCAGAAGUGAAAUUUUGUGAGUGGAAAGCCUGUAUGUACCUGUCAGAAUAAAAGGUGAAGGUAACAAGUGUAGGGAACCCUGGUUUUCAAGAGAUAUUGAAGCCCUGGUUAAGUAAUAAAAGCGGGGUGCAUAGCAGGUAUAGGCAGGUAGGAACAAAUAAGGUACAUAUGGAAUAUAAGAAACGCAAGAGACUUUCAAAAAGAAAUCAGGAGGGCCAAAAGAAAGCGUGAGGUUGCCCUAGCAGACAAGAUGAAAAGAAUGCUAAGGGAUUCUACAGAUAUGUUAAGAGCAAAAGGAUAGCAAGGGUCAAAACUGGCCCUCUGGAACAUCAGGAUGGUAAUCUAUGCAUGAAGUCAAAGGAAAUGGGGGAGAUCUUAAAUUUUUUUUUUGCAUCUGUAUUUACUCAGGAGAUAGAUACAAAGUCUAUAGAAGACAGGCAAAACAGCAUCGACUUCAUGGACCCCAUACAGAGUACAGAGGAGGAGGUGUGUGCGGUCUUGAGGCAAAUUCGGGUGAAUCCCCAAGGCCUGAAAAGAUGCUCCCUCAGACCCUGUGGGAGGCAAGUGCAGAAACUGUAGGGGCUCCAGCCGAGAUUUUUAAAUCAUCCUUAGUGACAGGUGAGGUACUGGAGGAUUGGAUGAUAGCUCAUGUUGUUCUGAUGUUUAAGAAAGCCUUUAAAAAUAAACUAGGAGGUUAUAGGCUGGUGAGCCUUACAUCAGUCUUGGGAAAGUUAUUGGAAAGUAUUCUAAGGGACUGGAUACAUGUGUAUUUGAAUAGUCAGCAUGGCUUUGUGCAUGGUAGGUCAUGUCUAACCAAUUUUAUAGUGCUUUUUGAUAAAGUUACCAGGAAAGUUGAUAAAAGCAAGGCAGUGGAUGUUGUCUAUGUGGUCUUUCGCAAGGCAUUUGACAAGGUCCCACGUGGGAGGUUGGUCAGGAAUAUUCAUUCACUCAGCAUUCAAGACGAGGUAGUAAAUUGGAUUUUGUGUUUAUGGGAGAAGUCAAAGAGUGGUAGUAGAUGGUUGCCUUUCUGACUGGAAGCCUGUGUCUAGUGGUAUGUCACAGGGAUCAGUGUUGGUUCCAUUGCUGUUUGUCAUCUGUAUCAAUGAUCUGGAUGAUAAUAUGGUAAACUGGAUCAGCAAAUUUGCGGAUGACGCCAGGUUUAGGGAAUUAGUGGAUAGUGAGGAAGUGAAAAAUGGUAGAUAGAGUUUCAUGUAGGUAAGUGUGAGUUGUUACAGGACCAACCAGGGUAGUUCUUACACAGUGAACGUAGGGCACUGAAGAGUGCUGUAGAGCAAGGAGAUCUGCGAAUAAAGGUCCACAAUCUAUUGAAAGUGGCAUCACAGGUAGGUAGGGUUGUAAAGAAAGCUUUUGUCACAUUGACCUUCAUAAAUUGAAGUAUAGAGUACAGGAGAUGGGAUGCCAUGUUAACAAAAGAGAAAUAAGUUGAUGCUGUGUACUUGGAUUUUCAGAAGGCUUUUGAAAAGAUGCCACACAUGAGGCUACUUAACAAGCUAUGUGCUCAUGGUAUUAUAGGAAAGAUUCUAGCAUGGAUAAAGCAGUGGCUGAUUGACAGGAAACAAAGAGUGGGAAUAAAGGGAGCCUUUUCUGGUUGGAUGCUGGUGACUACUGGUGUUCCACAGGGAUCUAUGUUGGGAUCAAUUCUUCUAACAUUAUAUGUCAAUGAUUUGGAUGAGUGAAUUGAUGGCUUUGUUGCAAAGUUUGCAGAGAAUAUGAAGAUAAGUGGAAAGGCAGGUAGUUUUGAGGAAACAGACUGUGCAAAGAAAUGGCAGAUGGAGUACAGUGUCUAGAAACAUAUGGUCAUGCACUUUGGUAGAAGAAAUGGAAGGGUUGAAUAUUUUCUAAAUGGAGAGAAAAUACAAAAAAAAAACUGAGGCACAAAGGGAUUUGGGGAUCCUUGUGCAGGAUUUCCUAAAGGUUAAUUUGCAGGUUGAGCCUGUGGUGAGGAAGGCAAAUGCAAUGUUAGCAUUCAUUUCAAGUGGACUAGAAUAUAAAAGCAAGGAUGGAAUGUUGGGAUUUUAUAAACCACUGGUGAGGCCUCACUUGGAGUAUUGUGAGUAAGAUUACGCCCCUUAUCAUUGAAAGGAUGUGCUGAAACUGGAGAGAGUUCAAAAGAGGGUUACAAAAAUGAUUCCAGGAUUGAAUGGCUUGUCAUAUCAAGAGCGUUUGAUGGCUCUGUGCCUGGCAUUGUCCCCAGAAGAAUGAGGGGAGACCACAUUGAAAGCUAUUGAAUGGUGAAAAGCCUUGAAAGUGGAUGUGGAGAGGAUGUUUCCUAUGAAGGGAGAGUCUAAGACCAGAGGACAUGGCCUCAGAAUAGAGGGGCAUCCUUUUAGAAUGGAGAUGGGGAGCAAUUUCUUCAGCCAGAGUGGUGAAUCUGUAGAAUUCUUUGACACAGGCAGCUAUGGAGGCUAAGAAUUUAUGUAUAUUUAAGGCAGAGGUUGAUAGAUUUUUGAUUAGUCAGGGCAUGAAGGGAUAUAGGGAGAAACAGGAGAUUGGGGCUGAGGGGAAAAUUGAAUUAGCCAUAAUGAAAUGGUGGAGCAGUCUUGAUGAGCCAAGUGGCCUAAUUCUGAUCCUACAUCUUAUGGUCUUAUGGUUUUAAAGUUCUGUCUGUCUGUAUCUUGUUUUAUGGCGGUUGGCAUCCAGCUUAAUGGUGCAUUACUGCCACCCUCUGCUCCAGAAUGUGCACUAGACAUACAUUCUAAAUCCCUUCACCCAAUCACACACACACACAAACCUACACUUCACCCUCCCAUCUUUGACCAUCCUAGUAUCCUAUUCCUGUUUAUUCGUCAUAUUCUAUAAAAAACCCUUGUACCCCUUAAAAACGCUAAAAAUACCCGGACUUGUGCUCUCUCACCCAUGCCCAGCAACCCUUUUAAUGUGAAUUCCUGCAUCCCCAACUCCCUUAAUUUAUUUCUCAUCAUCUCUCUCUGUAUCCCAUACUUCCUGCAACACAAAACUACAUGUUCUACUGACUCCUCUUCCUGACAUUCCUCACACAAUCCUGUCUGGUGUUUCCCUAUCAUUUUCAAUGUUUUGUUUAAUGCACAGUGCCCCAGCCUUAACCUAGUCCACACAAUUUCCUCUCUUCUGUUUCCAUUACCUACCCUAGUAACUGCAACACUCUUUUGUAUUUGAUAUAAAUGCCUCCCUUUCCCCUCCCUGUCCCAUCUUUCUUGCCACAUUCGGUUGACUUUUUCCCAGAUUACACACUUAACCUCUGCUUUACUGAUACUAAUGUGCAUUUCCACAUUUUCUUUCUUUAACGCCCUCUUUGCCAACUCAUCCACCCUCUCAUUCCCCUUCACCCCUACAUGUGCUGGAACCCAUAGAAAUUUUACCUGACCUCCCAGAUUUGCAAUUCUUGUAACUAACUGAAGGACUUCAUAAAGUACAUCUUGCCGACUGUUUGCGUGAAAAGACCUUAAGCUUGCUAGAACUGAGGAUGAAUCUGAACAUAUCAAUGCUUUGGCUUGUCUGGCUUUCUGCACCCAUUGCAACGCAACCAACACUGCCAGCAUCUCCACUGUAAACACCCCUAACUUAUUAGAUGUUCUUCUGCUGAUUCCAAUUUCUUUUGCUGGUAUUACCACCCCAAACCCUGUCACUUCUGUUUCAGGUUCCUUCGCACCUGGUUUUAAAGUUUAGAAUCCCAAGUUCUUUUAAUUUCUUGUCAUAACACACAUUUUUCUAAUUAGGAAUUAACUGGGCAGCUCUGAUCAGCUGUUUUCUGUCUCCAUAUUACCCAGUUUAAGAGGAUACAGGCUUCACUAGUGCUGAAAUGUUUUUGAUUGAUUAAAGCCAAUGUUUUAGUUGGCAUUUGAGUAGCAUUGAUGUAAUGUCUUGAUGUAAUAGUGGCUCAGAUUUUGCUGGGGUUUGCCAGCAUUUAGCCCUGUGAGAUGCAAAGAAGUUCAAGACUCCCAUGUACUAGCCAGGAUCUUCCAGCCAUUUCCCAACUCUACUUCUCUGCUGCAUGCAGACUGUAGACCCUGCUCUGGGAUACUGGGACAGGUUUGAUACGGGAAGUACCCAUGAGCCUAUUCACUUCAGUGGAGAAUUUAUAUUUGAAAGGUAUGAAGGGAAGCAUGAAGUAAGUUAAAUCGCCUAAAUAUUUGUUUGUGAUAGUGUUUUAUUUUAAUGUUAUCAGGUGAUUUUAAUGAAAAUAGUAUUUGUGGAUAACAUCAGCUAAGAACUAUUACCAGAGUAAUUUGUAUUGAAAGUAACAGGCUUGUGACAACAUUUCUCCAUUGGUGACUUGUGACAACAUUUCGUCUUGAGGCAGAAGUGGGGAAGGCAACUCAGAAUGCUAGGGACUGCAGCUGGCCCUUGUGCACCCUUGAAAAACUUCUAACAGAUGUAGGGAAAUUUGGUCCCAUCCGCAGCCAGCUGGGCAGUGUAAUACUGUGACAUUGGAAGGAAGGACGGAUCGAACAGAACUCAGGGUGCUCAGGAAUUUGGUGGUGCUGGAUAUGUAGAAUUUGCAGACUUACAACAGAUGAGAACUAAAUCUAUUUAGUUUCUUUUAAUUAGCGCUGUAUAUAGGAACCAAAAGAAGAACACUGUAGAAGCUGGAAAUCUGAGAAUAAGAACAGAAAAUGCUGGAAAUACUCAGAUAUCAUCUGUUGUGAGAGAAACACAAUAAAUGAAAGGUUACUGACCCAAAACAUUCUCCAGAAAUGCUGCCCAACUGAAUGACUUUUCUAACUAGUGUUCUCUGUUUUAUUUCUCUCCAUAAUAACUUUGUGGUUCACAAUCAGAAUACAGAAAAUUUGGUAAUCUGCCUUUAGUCGAAUUGAUGACUGAACUGUUGCAGGUGACUAGGAUUGAUUUUAUGCAUUUAAUUUGUAUGUAGUGUUUCUCACACAUAUCUACCUUUUUCCUGAGAAAUUAUCCUGGGUUUAUUUUGCAAAGUUGUGAUAUUUUUGUAAUGAUAAAUUGUAUUUUUCUGUAAUCUUUAAAGAGAUGCUAAUUUCUUAGCACAAUUUUUACUUUACAACAGACCAGAGCAGGAGCACAUGCCUCCUAAUCUCCACCUUAACUUGUGCUUUAGCUAUGUAAACAAGAUAUUUUCAAGUAAUUUUAACUACAUUUCUUUGUUAUGCCUGUGGAUGAUAAUGUAAACCAGUGCAAUUCUUCAUCUUACCAUAAACAUACAUCAAUUUAUUGCCAACAAGGGGAUCUGUGAAAUGCUGUCCUUUAAGGUUAGCUGGUUGCUGGUGUUUAUUCAACAUUGGAUACACACCCUUAAUACAUCUCCCUGAGCCUCCUUCUUACUCUGUUUUAUUUUACAAGGGGUGAUUGAUAAGUUCGCAGCUUAAGGUAGAAGGAGUCAAUUUUAGAAAACCUAGCAUAUUU